UUCCUUUCUCCUUCUCUCCCCUUCCCCCUCCCAUCGGGGAUGCGGGGGGUGGGGGGGAGGAUGCGCUUGAAGGGAAAAGGCGGGAAAAGGGGACUGAGGAGAGACUCUGAGGGGGGAUAGGGACAGGUGAGCAGGGAACUGGGGUCUCUGAGCAUCCUAAAGAUCUAUCUUCACCGAGGCAGGUGAGAAGACAGCAGAAUGAGGAGAGUGAGCUUGAGUCCACAGGAGCGCUCGGAGAACAACGUGGUCCAGUUCCUGAGGCAACCUCGGACCAUUGCUAGGAUCCUAGCUGGGCUCUUCUCGCUGAUCAUAUUUGCCUCCUUGGUGACCGACGGCUACCAGAACUUGACAACUUCAUCCCAGCUGCGCUGCGUGCUGAAUGACAAUUGGGUGGUCUGCGGCUACGCCAUCACAGCCGGGGUCCUGGCCUUCCUGCAAUCCUUCCUCUUCCUGGCCUUCGACGCUUAUGACAACAUCAUCAUUAGCCACAAGGUCAAAUCUGUCAUCUUGAGUCUGGACCUGACCUUCUCCAUCAUCUGGUCGUGCAUAUGGUUCGUUGGCUUCUGUUUCCUGGCCAAUCAAUGGAACAGGUCUGCUCACCACUACCUGCUGGGAAGCAGCUCAGCCCGCGCCAGCAUUGCCUUUGCUUUCUUCUCCAUCCCCUGCUGGGUGUACCUGGGCUACCGAGCCCUGAGGGGCCUGUGGGCUGAGACCCCCAUUCCCUACAAACAGUCCUUGGACGAAGGCGCUGUGGCCCUGACCACGAUCUCUUCUGUCACCACCACCUCCAUCCCCAACAGCAUGGAGUAUCAUAGCCCCACCGAAGGCAGAAGAGCCAGCUCCACCCCUUCCCCCAGACUCCCAUGGGAAACCGGCUCACUUUCCUGAAUGACAAUUAGAGAUCUAUUUUUUCACCCUGCAGUAAAUAAAGAGAGGCUUUUGCUUUCUCAACCAGAACCUGAGUG